GAAAUGGAGUUGAUAUCUUGUCAAUGUUUUGCAGGUUUCUUGUCCCAACCUGGAAAAGCUAUAUAUCUAUUCGGACAUAACUGCUCUAUACUCUCACCAACUUCCAACUACCUACUUCAGCAAACUUGGGACAUUGAAAGUAGAAAAUUGUGGAAAAUUGAGACACUUGAUAUCUCCAUCAGUGGCCAGAGGUCUUCUGAAUCUCCGAAAACUACGGAUAGGAGAAUGCCAAUCAAUGGAAGAAGUGAUCACAGAAGAGGAACAACAAGGAGAUGAAAUCAUGUGUAAUGAACCCUUAUUUCCCCAAUUGGAAAAGCUGAAACUUGAAAAUCUGCCAAAGCUGAGGCAUUUCAUUUUGACGAAGCAAGCUCUUGAAUUUCCAUUCCUCAAAUUAGUGGUGAUUCGUAAAUGCCCUGAAAUGAAGAUAUUUGUCCAACAUGGAUAUGUGAGUACACCAAGUCUUGAAAUUGUGAACGAUGAUGAUGAGGUAAAAGUAGAUGAUUUGAACGAAUGGAUACAUCAGAGGUUCAAUUCUAAGGAAGAAGAUGGAAGUGAAUCUGAAUCUUCUCAGGGAGAAGAUUGGAAUCGAAUCUGAAGCUUCUCAUGAAGAUGGAAGCAAAUCUGAAGCUUCUCAGGAAUAGGCUUCACAGGAAUAAGAUGGAAGCGAAUCUGAAGAUUCUACCUUAUAUAUACAACGUAAUUUUUUUACCGAGGGGGUUUGGGUGAACCCCAUGGAAACCACGUAGGUCCGUCCCUGCGUUAAUUUAAAAGCGUUUUAAUAACGUUAAUUUAAUAACAUUUUAAUAACGUUAAUUUAAUAUACUACUACUACUAUCCUUAAUAACG